AUGGUUGUUAUAAGAGUAAAGAAGCGGAUAGUUUCCCUGAAAGAACUAAUAGACGUCGACGGUCUUUUUUUAGAUUACGUAGAAUUAUACUUGAGAACAUUGUUAGAUUACAAUAAUGAAAUCACAUCAAAUAGCAUUGAAGGUACCAGCACCGCUAACAACCCUUUCGGAAGAUGUCUCAGAAAUUCACUCAAAACUGAUCCGGACUUUUUGGAGACGUUCAGGGACGUAUAUUUAGAAUCUUUCUUUGGGUCCAGCCUAUAUUUAGAAUACAGAUUGUGUUCUUUACUAUCCCAAAUGAAUAUUUUGAAAAAGAAUUCAGCAAAACCGGAAGUCGAUCACGAUAUAAAUGGCGAUAACACGGAAGGAAAAGGUAGUGAUAGUGAAAAAAGUGAGAGUACGCUAGGAAAAUAUAAAGAUAAUGGUAAAAUCGGAGAGAGAAUUGUUGACGGUAGUGAUACUAUCUUUAAAAGAAUAAACCUAUCAGACGCUAUUAUUUACGAUCUGCAAUUGAAUAACAACAAUAACAACAACAACAAUAUUAAUAAUAACAAUAAUAAUAAUAAAAACAAUAAUAAUAAUAAUGAUGAUGAUGAUGGUGUCGACGAUGAUAACGAUGGUGAAAUCAUAUUCCUCAUCGAAAUCGGCGAAAGUAAAGAUGAUGGAAUGUUUUAUUACCAUGUAAAGCAGUUUAAUACUACUACUGCUGCUGCUGCUGUUACUUCUACUACUACAACUACAACGGCUGCAAUUACUAAUACUACUUUCACCACUAGUAGCUGUAGUACUACUACAACUGCUACUACAAGAGUAGCAAAUAAUGUUACUGCAGCUACUUCUACUACCACUACUGCUGCUGCUACUAUUUCACUGUCAUCCAAACUACAAGAAAUUAUAAAAAACCGAAAAGCACUAAUUAAUAUUCAUGAGGUCAAGGACUAUUAUAAUUAUUUGCCCCGUGACCUUGCUCGGCCUUUGUGGCGGUUCUGGAUCAAAGUUCAAAGUUUGCUUGGUGGUCCAUGGUGUGAGAAUGCAAGAAGAGAAGACAAUGAGUACGGAUGA